GAUGGGUAUUCGUCCUUUUAGAUCUUAACUUCGCUGUAAGAACACGUGGUUCAGAUUGUAAUUAUUUAAUGUAAAGUGAAAUACUACCUAAAAAAAAUGCCAUUAGCUCGUGAUCUUCUGCACCCAAGUCCCAUUGAGGAGAAAAGGAAGCACAAGUUGAAGAGACUCGUGCAGAAACCUAAUAGUUAUUUUAUGGAUGUUAAGUGUCCUGGAUGCUAUGCAAUCAAAACUAUUUUUUCACAUGCACAAAAACCUGUGGAAUGCGAUGGAUGUCGUACUAUUCUAUGCACACCAACUGGUGGCAAAGCACGAUUGACAGAAGGUUGCUCCUUUAGAAGAAAGGUUCAAUGUUAAUGCUAUGUGACAUGAAUAUGUCAUUUUCAUAAAUUGCUUAACAAGUAUUCGGUAACAUUUUAAUUAUACUUUUCUGCAGUGUUAAUCUUAACACGAUUACUUAAAU